AAUUUCGAGUACGCACAAACGCCGAUCCUUCCCCCUCGUUCAAAGCCAAGUUUUUAGGGGCCGCGAUCGAUCCGAGGGUGCGAAAACGCCGAGAAAAAGCGAUUCCUCCCCAUUCUCUCUCUCUCUCUCUCUCUCUCUCUCUCUCCCUAAAUUUGGGCCUUGGGCUGUGGUGGCCGCCGCUGCGGCGGAGAAAGCGCGAUCUCUGCGACGCUAGUGAAGGUAGGAGAGAGAGAGGUUGGAGCGUGGUACUCGUAGAUCUGAGGGAUUCGAGAUCGAUUCAAGUGGUUUCGGGAUCUUCGAUCAGAUCUGGUGCGAAAAAGGUGCGAUCCGUUAGGGUUUUGCUGCGUCGAGGUAUAGGUCGGAUCAGAGUAAAGGUUUGAGGCGAUCGAGAUCGGAGGUAGGAGGAGAGGGCUCAGAGGGGAGUGAGAGGAUCGAUCGGGAGAUGGCGCCGAGCACGAUCCGGAAGGCGCUGGGGGCGGUGAAGGACCAGACGAGCAUCGGGAUCGCGAAGGUGUCGAGCAACAUCGCCCCGGAGCUGGACGUGGCCAUCGUGAAGGCGACGAGCCACGACGACGAGCCCGCGGACGAGAAGUACCUGCGCGAGAUCCUCAACCUGACGUCCUACUCCCGCGGCUACGUCGGCGCCUGCGUGGCCACCGUCUCCCGCCGCCUCGGCAAGACCCGCGACUGGAUCGUGGCCCUCAAGGCCCUCAUGCUCGUCCACCGCCUCCUCUCCGACGGCGACCCCGCCUUCCGCCACGAGAUCCUCUACGCCACCCGCCGCGGCACCCGCCUCCUCAACAUGUCCGAUUUCCGCGACGAGGCCCACUCCCACUCCUGGGACCACUCCGCCUUCGUCCGCACCUACGCGCUCUACCUCGACCAGCGCCUCGAGUGCAUGCUCUACGAGCGCAAGCAAAGCAACAGCGGCGGCGGCGGCGGCAGCAACAGCGGCGGAUCCACCUACCAGUCGCCCCGGGACCGCAAUUGGAGAUCUCCCUCUCCCAGUGAUUACCGGGACCCCGAUCCGUAUAACUACGGGAGUGGGAGCUACGGCCGCUCCCCCGACAACAAUCGGGAAGAGAGGAAGCCCCCGACCCCGCUGAGGGACAUGAAGCCGGAGCGGGUGCUGGGCCGGAUGCACCAGCUGCAGCAGCUGCUCGAUCGGUUCCUCGCCUGCCGCCCCACAGGAGCCGCCAAGCACAGCCGCAUGAUUCUGAUCGCCCUGUACCCGAUUGCUAAAGAAAGCUUCCAGCUUUACGCAGAUAUCUGUGAGGCUUUGGCCGUUCUUCUCGACCAGUUCUUCGACAUGGAGUAUCCCGAAUGCGUCAAGGCUUUUGAGGCGUAUGCUAGCGCGGCCAAGCAGAUCGACGAGCUCUGUGCAUUCUACGCCUGGUGCAAGGACACAGGGGUUGCGCGGACUUCGGAGUUUCCCGAGGUGCAGCGGAUCACCGACAAGCUAUUGGAAACUUUGGAGGAGUUCAUGAGAGAUAGGUCGAAGAGGCCCAAGUCCCCGCCGCGAGCGCCGGCCCCUGCCGAGCCGGUUAGUGAAGAGCCAGUCGAGGAUAUGAACAGUAUUAAGGCGCUCCCGGCACCUGAGGAUUGGAAAGAGGAGGAACCGGAGCCGGUGAAAGAGGAGGUGGAGGUUCAGGAGCAACCUGCCAAACAGCCGGUGGCCGACUUGGUGGAUCUCAGGGAAGAAGCAGUCACGGCAGACGAACAGGGGAACAAGCUCGCGCUGGCUCUGUUCUCAGGCCCGCCCGCUGCCAACGGUACUAAUAAUUCGUGGACGGCCUUUCCUACUAACGGAGAGCCUGAAGUGACAUCGGCAUGGCAGACACCCGCCGCCGAGUCUGGUAAAGCCGACUGGGAGCUCGCUCUCGUUGAAACCGCGAGCAAUCUCUCUAAGCAGAAGGCCGCAUUAGCAGGAGGGUUCGAUCCGUUGCUCUUAAACGGGAUGUACGAUCAAGGGGUGGUCAGACAGCAUGUGAGUGCCCAAAUGAGCAGCGGAAGUGCGAGCAGUGUUGCUUUGCCGGCCCCUGGACAGAAUACUAAAGUGCUAGCCCUACCCGCACCUGAUGGCACGUUACAAACUGUUGGGGGCGACCCAUUUUCGGCUUCUUUGAGCUUUCCCCCGCCGUCCUAUGUACAGAUGUCGGACAUGGAGAAGAAGCAGCAGCUGUUGGUGCAGGAGCAGCAGGUUUGGAAUCAGUACCAGAGAGAUGGGAUGCAGGGCCAAACUAGCUUGGCAAAGCUCAACAAUGCCUACGGGUAUAACCCCAACCCGACCAUGCCUUAUGGGAUGCCGAUGGCCUACACCGCGAAUACCGGGUACUACUACCCUACUUACUGAGUUGACCGUUCUUCUUUGCUCCUUACUUUUCUGUGAAUUUUGCUUGUAUUUGUAUUUAGUUUGGGUUGUCCAGCUUCGGUUUGCUCUGUGUCUGGAUCGAACCGUUAGGCCUAUAUGCACUCAGUGUUAUUGGAACCUGAUUCACCAUUACGAGUGAUUUGCUGUUCACGUUCCUAGUGGCUUUUAUUCACUAUGCAUGAAUUUGUUGUUAUUAUUCAUUUUUUAGUAAUUACAUCCCUGAAGUCUUAGAGA